AUGUCCACGCUGGACUUGAAAGAUCCGUUUUGCAUGCAUGCGCCAUUGCUUGACGAGAUGGUGAGAUUGUACGAUCAGUCUUUAUGGCUGCUCCGGGAUGCUGUUCGGGCAAUUGAGAAGAACAGAGUCGAAAUAGGAACAAAUUUCGAGAAUAUGAACGACUUGUCUCGCCAUGGAGUCCAUGUCACAGAGGUCCUGGAGGCGACGAUUGGGACAUUUCUGAAGAUACAGGAACAGCAAAGACGAGUUUACGAUUGUUUGCCAGCUGAAAUCAGCAAGACCUAUCAAGAGCAGGCGCAGGAGUAUGUGAGCUUUCAGCUGUUGAUGAUUCAAAAUCUGCUAUUGCGCUCAAAGGCGUCAUAUGAGCGAUUGAAAACGGAGACCACGGCGGCAUUUAAUAAAAUCACUCAGCGGGACAGCUCGGUGAUGAAGUCGAUAUCGAUAUUGACUAUGGUAUUCCUGCCGGCCACAUUCAUCUCUACCAUGUUCAGCAUGCCUUUCUUCCAAGACGAUGACGAUCAGUGGAAAGUGUCCGUGGACUUUUGGAUAUACUGGGCGGUGUCCGUUCCGCUGACCUUCGUCAUAUUCGUUAUUUGGGCAUUAUUCCCCUAUGCUUUGGAUGCGUGGAAGGCAUUCAAGGCGAAGGCUUUGAGAGGGAAGAGAUAUGAGAUGCAGCAACUCGUGUAG